GUGCUGAAGAACACAGGAAAACCAGAAGCAAUAGCCGUAAAGCAUUCAAAUAAAUUAAUCGAUAACGCUAUGUCAAUGGAAAGCAAUACCCCGGUGGAUCCCAGAGUGCAGAUUGAACUGGAGAAACUGAACACAGCAACAGACAAUAUCAACAAAUAUGAAGUGGAACUCGAUGAGGCGAAAUGUGAUUUCAAGCGUAUCUUGGCGGAGAGCGAGGUGCGCAUCAAGCAGGCCGCACACAAAUUGGGCAACUCCAUCGAGGCGGCGAAACCCUACUACGAGUCGCGCAUCUAUGCAGCGCAAUUGGCAAAGGAGACACAACAAGCGGCAGUCAAUUACGAGAAGGCCAAAUCGAUACAUUCCGCUGCCAAGGAGAUGGUCUAUUUGGCCGAGCAGGGACUGGGGGAGAAAGCGACGUUGGACACCGCCUGCCAAGAAAUGCUCAGUCAUGCUACCACCAAAGUGAAUCAGUCACAGGUGGAGGUGACGGAUGCUAGGAAUACGCUGAAAAUGUGUCAGCUCAAGUUGGAAGUUGCCAAUAAUCGUGUGGGCAAAUUGCAGGGUCAACUGAAGCAGGCCAUCCGCGCGUCGAGUUUAAGCCUUAGACGAGACUUACUUGAAAUGAACGCUUUGGUUUAUCAGCAACGUUGCAAUUGUUUGCCCUUCUACGAGGCGCGCGCCAACUAUAACGGACUGCUGAAAGCGCAAAAGCAAAAAAUCAAUGAACUAGAAAGCCGAGUGACCGAGGCGAAAAUGACUUACAACGAGGCGUUGAAGAACCUCGAACAGAUCUCUGAAGAUAUACACCGCCAGCGGCAGGUGCAACGUGACCUGCUCAAUGACACACUCUUGCCACAGCUGUGCGCCGCGACAACGACGCAAAGCUAUCAACACUUUCCGCGGGAAGAGUUGGACGCAGCCGAGGAGUAUCUGCAAUUGCCCGCGAAGCUCAGCACACAGUCCAGUCCAGUGCAUCAGCGGCGCUACGACGAGCAUGAAUGUCCACACUUGCUGCAAGACUUUCCAACGCUCAAUCUGAGGGAGAAACUCUCCACAAGCGGCGGCAUGCACAAGUCGGCCAGCACUAGCGCUACCGGCGACAGCCUCUUCGGCCACACACCACUGCACGGACCCUACGAAGUGAAGUCGAGCGGUAACAGCAGCAGCGGCGGUGGCGGCACAGGCAGCGGCAGCGCGCACGACGCCAGCUCGAGCACUGGCGCCGAUGCCGACGACAAUGACGAUAUCGAACAAUGGACUGAAAUACGACUGUCACACUCGGAGAGCACAAGUUCCAGUUACUCCAACCAAUCGCUGCUGCACGAUCAACCAGGCGGCGGCGGCGCUGAGGAUGCGCAAUCGCAUCACUCAUCAUCGUCCUCCUCGGACGAGCCGAAACGCAAAGUCACCUGCACGACGAUCUUUCAUGAGGAUCAGCUGAACAAAAAGCAAAGCCUAAGCCAAUGGCUGUCGCGUUCGAACAGCUUGAAGAUGUCCGGCCGACGUCAGAGCCUCGAUUUGCUGAUCGAUGCGGGCGAUAAGGUGAAGGAUGUGUUUAGUUUCGGUUUCCAAAAGGUGGGGAAAUCGCUGGAGCGACGCAACAGCGAGUCGGAGAUGAAUGCCGAGAAUGCGGACGGCAAUGCGAGCGGAGCGGCGGCUGCGGGCGCGGCGAGCGGCGGCAAAACCUCAUCGGCCGGCGAUUUCUUCCUCUUCUCCAGAUCGUCAGAGCCGAAAGAGCUGCUCUCCGACGAGCAGGUCGAGAAUUUAUUGUUGAAUCCCAGCCUGGAUGAGAAUGGUAUGAUAAUUGUUGAGCAACUUAAAUCGCCGUUACAACAGCCAAAUACCUAUGGCAUGGCUGCCACGCCGACCACUACAACAACCACAACCACUUUGCUCUUCUAAGCGUUAAUUAGCGUUAAAGCAUAAUGUUUAAAAAUAAAAUUAAAAAAUAGCAGCAACUUUCGUCUUAGAAUUCAUACAAAUAGUUUAAGCAACCAAAUUGGUCAUAUGAGGACAUGGGAAAACAUAUCAUUUAUGGGAUUUCGUCGCUUGAAAAUUAUGCGGCGUUUAUGCAAACUAUGCUAAUAUAGUGUAGUGCUAAUAAUAGUGCGGCGGGUUUAGCAAAUUAACUUGAAUUCUUUGAGUUCAAAUUAUAAUUAUUGCAUUUAUAGUACAAUAUUACUAUGUAAUUACCAAAUUGUGGUCAUUAAGUAUUUCUUUAAAAUAUUUAAUUAAUUUUUUAAACAAAUUAAUAUAAUUUUUGAAGUAUUGCGCGAAGUGUUAAAUGCAUUUUCAGUUAAAUAUUAAAAUAAUUUGCAUUAAAACGCUUGAACUGAACUUAAAAUUUAAUUAUUGAGAUCAAAAAAUUCACAUACAUAAUAUACUAUAUAAUGUCUAAUAAUUGGCAUGACAAGUAAAGAAACUCGGCUGCAAGAACUAAAAAAAACUUUUUAAUUUUACAAAUUGACAAAAUAAAAUGCCAAUUGAUGACAUUUUAUUAACUAAAGUACUAUGCGUGAACGCAUAUUUAUGCUGGAACCACAGUUUAAGCGUCACUAAGCAUAAGCACUGUAAGUUUGUGCGUACAUCAUAAAUGCUAAAGCUAUUUUUAUGCGUACAAAAAUGUAUUAAAAUAUAAAUAAUACCUUAAUUACUACAAUAAGUGAGCUACAAUGCAAACUAAUUGACUAACUAGACAUUAUUUACUUAUAAUAUGUACUUUUCAAUUGCGUGUUCGAUGCAUGUGGUUGUUUUACUAGUCAUUUAUAAAUUAUAUACACAAGCGUUGAGGCAGAAAAACUCUGUCAGCGUUAUUUAUAAAAAUAAAAUAAAAACAGAAUUUAAUUAAAAAAAUAUUUAGCAGUGAAUAUUUAAGCAAAA